AUAAAUUCCUUGUAUUUGACACAGUCUUCUUUCUCUGUAUUUUUCUAGGCUAUUCAGCUUGACCCUGAAGAAGCUUGUCAUGCUAAAAGAAAUGGACAAAGAUCUUAACUCAGUGGUCAUUGCGGUGAAGCUGCAGGGGUCAAAAAGAAUACUUCGCUCCAACGAGAUCAUCCUGCCAGCUAGUGGCCUGGUGGAGACAGAGCUCCAGUUAACCUUCUCUCUUCAGUACCCUCAUUUCCUUAAGCGAGAUGCCAACAAGCUGCAGAUCAUGUUGCAAAGGAGGAAGCGGUACAAGAACCGGACCAUCUUGGGCUAUAAGACCUUGGCUGUGGGACUCAUCAACAUGGCAGAGGUGAUGCAGCACCCUCACGAAGGCGCUCUGGUGCUGGGCCUGCACAGCAAUGUGAAGGACGUCUCAGUGCCAGUGGCAGAAAUAAAGAUCUAUUCACUGUCCAGCCAGCCCAUUGACCAUGAAGGAAUCAAGUCCAAGCUGUCUGAUCGUUCUCCUGAUAUUGACAACUAUUCUGAGGAAGAGGAGGAAAGCUUCUCAUCAGAGCAGGAAGGCAGUGAUGAUCCCUUGCAUGGGCAGGACCUGUUCUAUGAAGAUGAAGAUCUACGGAAAGUAAAGAAGACCCGAAGGAAGCUGACCUCAACCUCAGCCAUCACGAGGCAACCUAACAUCAAACAGAAGUUUGUGGCCCUCCUAAAGCGGUUCAAAGUUUCUGAUGAGGUGGGCUUUGGGCUGGAGCAUGUGUCCCGGGAGCAGAUUCGGGAGGUGGAGGAGGACUUGGAUGAGCUGUAUGACAGCCUGGAAAUGUACAACCCCAGCGACAGCGGCCCUGAGAUGGAGGAGACGGAGAGCAUCCUCAGCACCCCAAAGCCAAAGCUCAAGCCCUUCUUUGAGGGGAUGUCGCAGUCCAGCUCACAGACGGAGAUUGGCAGCCUCAACAGCAAGGGUAGCCUCGGAAAAGACACCACCAGCCCUAUGGAAUUGGCUGCUCUAGAAAAAGUCAAAUCUACUUGGAUUAAAAACCAAGAUGACAGCUUGACCGAAACAGACACUCUGGAAAUCACCGACCAGGACAUGUUUGGAGAUAUUGGCACAAGUCUGGUUGUACCAGAGAAAGUCAAAACUCCUAUGAAGUCCAGCAAAACAGAACUGCAAGGCUCUGCCUCCCCCAGCAAAGUAGAAGGGACACACACACCUCGGCAGAAGAGGAGCACACCCCUGAAGGAGCGGCAGCUCUCCAAGCCCCUGAGUGAGAGGACCAACAGCUCUGACAGCGAGCGCUCGCCUGACCUGGGCCACAGCACACAGAUUCCAAGAAAGGUGGUUUACGACCAGCUGAAUCAAAUCCUGGUGUCAGAUGCUGCCCUCCCGGAAAAUGUAAUCCUGGUGAAUACCACUGACUGGCAGGGCCAGUAUGUGGCUGAGCUGCUCCAGGACCAGCGGAAGCCUGUCGUGUGCACCUGCUCCACCGUGGAGGUCCAGGCUGUGCUGUCCGCCCUGCUCACCCGGAUUCAACGCUACUGCAACUGCAACUCCUCCAUGCCGAGGCCAGUCAAGGUGGCAGCUGUGGGAGGCCAGAGUUACCUGAGUUCCAUCCUUCGGUUCUUUGUCAAGUCCCUGGCCAGCAAGACCUCUGACUGGCUGAGCUACAUGCGCUUCCUCAUCAUCCCCCUCGGUUCUCACCCUGUGGCCAAAUACUUGGGCUCAGUCGACAGCAGAUAUAGUAGCACCUUCCUAGAUUCUGGCUGGAGAGAUCUGUUCAGCCGCUCAGAGCCCCCAGUGUCAGAGCAAUUGGACGUGGUGGGGCGCGUGAUGCAGUAUGUCAAUGGGGCAGCCGCUACACACCAGCUGCCUGUAGCUGAAGCCAUGCUGACCUGCAGGCAUAAGUUCCCUGACGAAGACUCCUAUCAGAAGUUUAUCCCCUUCAUUGGCGUGGUGAAGGUGGGCCUAGUUGAAGAUUCACCCUCCACUGCAGGUGAUGGGGACGAUUCACCUGUGGUCAGCCUUACUGUGCCCUCCACAUCUCCACCCUCCAGCUCAGGCCUGAGCCGAGAUGCAACAGCCACCCCUCCUUCCUCCCCAUCCAUGAGCAGCGCCCUUGCCAUUGUAGGGAGUCCCAAUAGCCCAUAUGGGGAUGUGAUUGGCCUCCAGGUGGACUACUGGCUGGGCCAUCCUGGCGAACGGCGAAGGGAAGGUGACAAAAGGGACGCCAGCUCUAAGAACACCCUCAAGAGUGUCUUCCGCUCAGUACAGGUUUCCCGCCUGCCCCAUGGUGGGGAAGCCCAGCUUUCUGGCACCAUGGCAAUGACCGUGGUCACCAAAGAGAAGAACAAGAAAGUUCCCACCAUCUUCUUGAGCAAGAAACCCCGGGAAAAGGAAGUGGAUUCUAAGAGCCAAGUCAUCGAGGGCAUCAGCCGGCUCAUCUGCUCCGCCAAGCAGCAGCAGACUAUGCUGAGAGUGUCCAUCGAUGGAGUCGAGUGGAGUGACAUCAAGUUCUUCCAGCUGGCAGCCCAGUGGCCCACCCAUGUGAAGCACUUUCCAGUAGGACUCUUCAGUGGCAGCAAGGCCACCUGAGGCCCUGCCUCCUGGCUACUCUCCCUCCUGGCACUGCCAUCCAGCCUCACCGCCUGCGGGCAGGGGGAGGCCAGCAGGCCGGGCCCAGAACCCCUUUCCUGGCACUGGGGCCAGCCCUCCACAUGCCCAGUCCUGAAGGACACUGCCACUGGGGAUGCUGCCCUCCCCUCCCCACUGCCCAGCCCCAUUCCUUACUACCCCUCCUCCCUCCUGCUCCAGUCCCAGGGCAGGUGGGUUCUGUCUUCUGGUGCCCAUGGUCCCUGGAAUUGAGUCCUGCAGGCCUUCCUUCUCCUGGCCCUACCUCUUUCCUUCUGUGGCACCAGUUCCCUUCCUGGAAAUAGGAAAUGUGGGAUCCUGGUCCACAGUGGGAGAGCCCAGGUCUCCCCACUCCCACCCCAGCCAUCAGGCUCUCAUUUUCCAAGGCCCCACUGCCAAAUACCACUCACCCACCUGCCCCCAGUGGGGCAGGCCAGAGCCACUCCCCACUCCUGUAGGGACCUCCUCCUGUCCAUGACUUCCCAGUGGAGGGUGAGGGGCAACUGAGUGAUGCCGUGUGUUUCUGGAAUGGAGGGGCCUCCCCCAUGCACGACUUCCUAUCCCAGCCCACCCUGUCCUUGUAUAUGUCAGGUUUCCUGAGCGUUUCUUCGGUUCUCUGCACAGCCAGUCCCUCGGUUGUUUAUGUAACCCCCCGUGCACCAUCCUGUCCUGUGGCUUCCUCUUGCUGGUGAUGUUCUUCCCUCAGCCUUCCUGCUCCUUCACCCAGCACAGCUCUGCCGGGCAUGAGAGGUGGAGGCAGACCCUCUGUCCACUGGCCGUGUAUCUCCCUUUCCCAUGUCGACUUGUCUCCCUCAUCCUCCUACCUCCUCCAUGUCAGGGCAGCUGGGCAAAGGCCUCUCCACCAGGUCUCCCCUCCAGCGGCCUCUUUUCCUCCCUCUUGACACCAUGGCAGAUCCUGAGCCCUUCCUUAGCUUCAUCCAGCUGUUCUCAGGAGAGGCUGAGGGCAAGGACACAGAGCCAACGCUCGGCCACCAUGCCACUGGCACUCCAGAGCUUCUCUAUCACCCUCACUGCUCCCUAGAAGUUGUGGCACAGAACUGCAUUUUGAAAGUGUUUGCUCACUCUCCAUGCCUCCCCCAAAGUCCUCUAGCCCUUCCCUAGGCCUGGCCCUGCUGUCCAGAGCAUUUCCUGGGCCCGAGGGUGGAGGUGAGGGUGGGAGGACGGGGUGAAGUUGAUUUUUCAUUCAAUAAACUGGUGAUUUCUUACCAACUGC